AUUGUCUGCGCAUUUUUGCAGUAAUUAAAUGAUAAUUUGUAAUUGUAAACAAUUAUCAAAUUCCGGAAUAUUUAGAUUUAAUUCAUAAGUACAAAGUGUGAAAGGUGUUAAAAUAAGAAAUUGAAGUAAAAAGUAAAAAUUUUGUUAGACAACAGUUUAAAGAAAAGAUGUCUUAGAUACAGAUACAGCGCAGCAACAACGCCUUUGGUGAAUGAGUAGAACAGCAUAGAGUAGAUAGGAAGGAGUCCCGUGAAACCCAACCCUAAAGCAAAAACAAUAUACAAAGUAACGCCGAUUUUUUCUUGAAACUUCGUUGUAAACUUAGUAUAUAAAAAACAAAAAGAAAAAAGAACGCCAACGGGAGUGUUUAAAAAAAAAAAAAAAAGGAAAAGAAGUUAUUUAAAAUAAUGAACCGAAGUCUAAGUGAAUUUUAAUCGAAUAAAAGAAAAGUUAUCUAUUGAAAAAAAGCGAAGUACACAAUUUCGCAUAUAUACACAUUUACACGAACGCAUACAAACAAAUAUACAAAUCAAAGAUGGAUGCAGAUAAGAAUAGUGGCGGUGGUGGAGGUGGCCAAGAGACAAAAGUAAUAUAUCACAUAGAUGAUGAGACCACCCCUUAUUUGGUUAAAAUUCCAAUAUCCUCAUCGCAAGUAACUCUGAGAGACUUUAAAAUGGUGCUCAAUAAACAAAAUAAUAACUAUAAAUAUUUUUUCAAAUCAAUGGACGCGGACUUCGGUGUAGUUAAGGAAGAGAUAGCCGAAGACUCGACCAUUUUGCCUUGUUUUAACGGCAGAGUGGUGUCAUGGCUUGUGUCAGCAGACGGUACAAAUCAAUCGGACAACUGUUCUGAAGUACCCACCAGCGAGUGCGGCGAUACACGUCCGGCUGGUCGUCUACCUCAGCCCUUACAGCAGCAACAGAAAAUGGUUGGAGGAAUGGUGAGCAUGGGCACUGGUGGCGUCAUUUCAAAUCCUAUGAUGCAACCGCCACCUCCACUUACAUAUCAGUCGGCUUCAGUACUAUCUAGUGACUUGGAUUCGACCAGUUUGUUCGGUACAGAAUCGGAGAUUACGCUUGAUCGUGAUCUGACUGACUACAGUAGUGUUCAAAGAUUACAGGUUCGUAAAAAACCUCAAAGGCGCAAGAAACGUGCUCCUAGUAUGUCGCGCACUUCGAGUUAUUCAUCAAUCACCGAUUCCACUAUGUCUUUAAAUAUUAUUACUGUUAACAUUAAUAUGGAAGCGGUAAAUUUUCUUGGCAUAUCAAUUGUGGGUCAGUCGAAUCGUGGUGGCGAUGGAGGCAUUUAUGUAGGUAGUAUUAUGAAGGGCGGUGCUGUGGCCUUAGAUGGCCGAAUAGAGCCUGGUGACAUGAUUUUGCAGGUGAAUGAUGUGAAUUUUGAAAAUAUGACAAACGAUGAAGCUGUACGUGUGUUAAGAGAAGUCGUUCAAAAGCCAGGUCCAAUUAAGCUGGUGGUAGCCAAGUGUUGGGAUCCCAAUCCAAAAGGUUAUUUUACCAUACCGCGCACAGAACCAGUGCGGCCUAUUGAUCCUGGAGCUUGGGUUGCUCAUACCCAGGCUCUUACCUCGCAUGACAGUAUUAUUCAUCCUGAUAUACCGGAACCGAUUAAAGAGCGUUUAGAUCAAAAUAAUCUGGAAGAAAUCGUUAAAGCGAUGAUCAAACCAGAUAGUGGUUUGGAGAUACGUGAUCGAAUGUGGCUGAAAAUUACUAUACCAAACGCAUUUAUUGGUGCCGAUGCCGUUAACUGGGUGCUAGAAAAUGUUGAAGAUGUUCAGGAUCGCCGUGAAGCACGGCGCAUUGUUUCCGCCAUGUUACGUAACAAUUAUAUUAAGCACACAGUCAACAAGCUGACAUUUUCAGAACAGUGCUAUUAUGUGGUAAACGAUGAUCGUAAUCCUUUACAAUGUCGAUCCAAUUUAAGCCAUGCGGACACUGAGAGCAUUACUAGUGACAUUGGUCCAUUACCGAAUCCUCCGAUUUAUAUGCCAUACUCAGCCACUUAUAAUCCCAGCCAUGGCUAUCAGCCCAUACAGUAUGGCAUUACUGAACGUCACGGUCUUUCCUCCGGUUCUAGCAGUUCAGAUGUAUUAACUUCCAAGGACAUUUCGGCUUCACAAAGCGACAUAACCUCAGUUAUACAUCAAACCAAUCAAAUGACUAUUGGACAUCAUGGAUCAAACAAAUCAUCCGGUUCAUCGAACCGAGGUGGUGGCGGAGGAGGUAACUGCAACGAGCAGGAUUCAAUUCAAUUCAAUUAUGUCUUGUAGGACGAGGAUUCUUACUCGGCUCAAAGACGGAGACGAGGUCGCAACGUAAGACAGGAACUGCAAUGAAAUUGUGUCUAUUCUAAUUCUUAUCAUUCUAAUUAUAUAAUAUUUUUUGUAUAUUUUCAUGUCAUUUUCUCUUAUCGGAACGUUUUUUCAAAUGUUUUCUCUUCUUAUAACUUAUGUAAGCGUAUAAAUUAUAUAUACAUCAGUAUACAAGAUAAAA